AUGGACGGGAUAACAGGAUCAGCAGAGCGUCAGACAAUGCCUCCCUUGGCGACAAUGGCGGGUACAGGACGCGCGGCACAUCGCGCUCGAUCAACAACUCUCACCGGAGGACUUCCACCGCCCUCCAUUUCCGGUUUGCGUCCAACUGGCCGGCGAAGUUACAGCUACCUUGCGGGAGGCGCUGCUGCCUCCCUAGAUCAUUCGCGUGGACGAGCCCCACUUUCUUCUACAAAUGGGUGGCGAACGACAAGAACUUCUUCGGAGAACAAUCGUGGAAGUGCGACAGCGGAGGUUGGAUCCACGCGACUAUUGGAUGAGGAAUAUCCUGACGUCCAGAGCUGGCUACAACCUGCGAGCACACUUCAUUCUCCGGAACCGAAGAUCUACUCCUAUGAACAAUUGAAGGUGUCCGCCAAUUCGAAAUUGAAGGGAAUCGAUAAUCGGCAUCUUGAAGAUUAUUUAUCAAGCGAUGACUUUCAGAAGCUUUUUAAAAUGCCCCGAACAGCCUUCCAGCGCCUUCCAGAAUGGAAGAAAAGUGACCUGAAACGUCGUCUUGAUCUCUAUUGA